AAAGGGCUUCAUUUAGGAGCCUAAACCUUCAUGCAGACUCUGUCAAAGGUUUCAACAUGGGACGAGCAAUCAGUACUGGUAGCCUGGCCAGCAGCACUUUGAACCGACUUGCCGUUCGACCUCUCUCUGUUCAAGCAGAGAUUCUGAAGAGGCUAUCCUGCUCUGAGCUCUCACUCUUCCAGCCACUUCCUGGCUCUUCAAAGGACAAGAAUGAGAAGACUCCCUGGGAGGAAAGACCCAGGGUUAUGAGCAAGUCAUUUCAUGAUCUGAGUCAAAGCCACAUCUCGGUUUACCCCCCAAGGAAAAAUAUUAUUACUGCUUUGGACUCUUCCCCCCAAAAAAUAGAAGACAUAAUGGGAAGAGUCUUUCAGCAAAUGCCAAAAUUUGAUACUGGAUCAACAGCGGGAGCAUUAAAACUGAGCAAUUCAAAAUCUCAUGCAGGUUUAAGUAGAAGCCCUGAAAGAAAGAAAAAUGAAUCAGACUCAUCAUCCAUUGAAGAUACCGGUCAAGCCUACGUUGUAGGUGUUAGCAUGAAUACCUCAGGAAAUCUUCCAUCAUCGACGCUGUUAAAAGACAGUGUUGACUCUCUGCAAACAACACAGAACAGAGUUGCCUCACCAGAAAGAGAGAUCACUUUGGUGAACUUGAAAAAGGAUGAAAAAUUGGGCUUAGGCUUUCAAAUAGUCGGUGGAGAGAAGACGGGGAAACUUGAUCUGGGAAUUUUUAUUCAUUCGCUUAUUCCUGGAGGGCCAGCUGAUUUGGAAGGAUCUCUAAAACCAGGACACCGACUAAUAUCCAUAAAUAGCACAAGUUUAGAAGGCGUCAGCCACCAUGCAGCAUUAGAAAUUUUGGAGAAUGCACCUGAAGACGUGACACUUGUUAUCUCUCAGCCCAAGGACAAGCUAUCCAAAGCAUCGUCUAACGCUGCACACAUCACUAAUGGAACCAGGGGUUAUUUAAGGAGGCCAUCAUCGGUGCAGGACAAUGAGGCAGAGUCCUCUUCUGAAGAACACAACUGGUCCCGUGGUCACCAGAGGCCUGUUUCGGGGAGUUUGUCUGGUUUGUCGGGAGGCAAGCGAGAUGGAAGUGUGAGCUCCCAGGAUUCCAGAACUGAGAGCACCAGCCUGUCUCAGAGCCAGACAGCUAGCUGCUUUGGCAAACAUGCAAGCGGUAGAGCCCAGCAGGAUCCUCAGCAUUACAGUGAUUCCCAGUCUGGGCUUUCUAAAAUGAAUGAGAAGAGAAGAUCCUCAUCUGACAGCACUCGAGCAAAAAAUAAAAGGCCUGGGGUAAUGGAGUCUGUGGAAUAUUCUGACCGAGGGGAUUCUGACAUGGAUGAAGCAACUUAUUCCAGCAGUCAGGAGCAACAGCCAGCUAAAAAGGAAUCUUCCUCAGCGAAUACAGCAAACAAAAUGAAUUCUAAAAAGGGUACUGCAACACUUCUUAAACCUGGAGAUAUCUUUGAGGUUGAACUAGCCAAAAAAGAUAACGGCUUGGGAAUAAGUGUCACGGUACUGUUUGACAAGGGCGGUGUAAAUACUAGCAUAAGGCAUGGUGGUAUUUAUGUGAAAGCCAUUAUUCCUAAGGGAGCAGCUGAAGCAGAUGGCAGAAUAGAAAAAGGUGACCGUGUGCUCUCCGUCAAUGGGAUUAGUUUGGAAGGUGCUACCCAUAAACAAGCUGUUGAAACGCUGAGAAACACUGGGCAGGUGGUGCAUCUGCUGUUGGAAAAAGGUCAGCUUUCAGUGGCCAAGGUUCAUGCUCCAAUAACACCACAAUGCACGCCUCCAAAUCAGGUGGGGCAAUGUGAGCCACAGGAGAAACCAGCGACAAAAACUACAAAUGCCAAAGAUUACAGCUUUGUCACUGCAGAGAACACAUUUGAGGUAAAGCUGUUGAAGAAUAGCUCAGGCCUUGGGUUCAGUUUCUGCCGUGAAGAUAACCUUACCCCAGAGCAGCUGGGCUCAACUAUUGUGAGGGUGAAAAAGCUCUUCCCUGGGCAGCCCGCCGCAGAAAGUGGGCAGAUAGAAAUUGGGGACGUCAUUCUGAAAGUGAAUGGGGCAUCGCUAAAGGGUUUAUCCCAGCAGGAAGUCAUCUCUGCUCUGAGGGGAACAUCUCCAGAAGUCUCUCUUCUCCUUUGUCGGCCACCAUCUGGUAUAUUACCAGACAUCGAUCCUUCUUUGUUGACUCCCAUCCAUUCACCCCAACAAGUAUUUCCAGAUACCAACAGAGAAGUUUCUGGUCCAUCAAAUGGAGAACAAGGUGACAGCUCAGAUGAAAAUGAAGCUACUGAUCUGAGCAAGAAAAGGCUAAAAUCUCCCUCUAGAAGAGACAGCUACAGUGACAGCAGCAGGAGUGGUGAUGAGGAGGUGAUAGACUCGCCACCACAGGUGGGCCUUGGCUGGAGUUCUGCACUGUACCAAACUUCAGAUGAAGCUAUGACACAGGCACAUAGUCAGUAUGAGGCAGACGGUGGUCAGGAGGAGGCUGUUCGCACCAUCUUAUAUUCUGAACAAGAGGCUCCUAGCAAGUCAGAGCUGGAGGACAGUAAUCUGCCAUUGGAUUUGCCAUUGAUCCCAACCUGUAGAACUGUUCCUGAUGUUACCACAUCUGUUUUAAUAAAUGACUGUUAUGCUACUCCUGCUUCUGAGCUGACUCCGCACCUGGGAGGAAUGGAUUCAUUACUCAGCCAGUUGGAAAAAAGUGCUGAAGAAUAUGAGCCAGAAGUAGAGCUCCGAGUGACUAUGACAAAGUCAGAAAAGGGUAGUCUGGGUUUUACAGUAACCAAAGGUAACGAUAACGUUGGCUGCUACAUUCAUGACAUUGUUCAGGAUCCUGCCAAAAGUGAUGGGAGACUACGACCUGGAGACCGACUGAUAAAAGUUAAUGACAUUGAUGUCACUAACAUGAGUCAUACUGAUGCAGUAAACUUUCUCCGUGCUGCCCCGAAGACUGUCAGAUUAGUGCUAGGACGUGUUCUGGAGUUACCCAAGAUGCCAGUGUUGCCUCAUUUACUGCCUGAUAUUACACUAACGUGCCAUAAGGAGGAGCUAGGUUUGUUGUUAUCAGGAGGUCAUGACAGCCUUUAUCAAGUUGUGUAUAUUAGUGACAUUCUCCCCAAAUCGGUUGCUGCCAGAGAGGAGAGUCUCCGUGCACUAGAUGUUAUCCAUUACAUUAAUGGAGUAAGCACACAGGGAAUGACUCUGAAAGAAGCCAAAAGAAUGCUGGAAACAUACCUUCCGAAAGUGGUGCUCAAAGCGACCAGAGAUGGUCAUGCAGUGCUUCCAAAAUCCAAAAGCCCCGAUAGCUCGAAUCCAUGGCCAAUGAAAGCUAAUGGCUGUUCCUGUGGUGAUCCGUGUGAUAAAAUAGAAAAGACAACUGAUGCUUAUGGGCCCAAGAUAAAUGGCAGUGGCAUCCUAGGAUCUUCUCAGGCAAAUAAACAAAACAAUAUCCAUCACACAAAAGGACUAACGAGUCUCUCAGGAUCUGGAGAUGCACCUUCCCUUGGCUUUACCAAUCAGAUGUCAGAUUUUUCUAAACACAGUGACAAAUCAGAAACAGAGGUUCCAGAUGAUGAGUAUUAUGAUGAGGAUGAUCACAAUGAAGUUGUCCAGUAUCUGUUGGAUGUUGUAGAUGAGGAAGCCCAGAACCUCUUAAAUCAUCAUAAUGCGACUUCAGAGGCUCAGAGACUUCUACAUCUCAAGAAGACUGCAUCAGAUGAUCACCUGCCAGUAGAGAUGAAUGGAAAGCUGACAGAGGACAAGUCUGAAGACACAGACUGUGAUGGGUCAUCUUUACCUGAAGAUUUUUCAGAGCCAACACAUGUAAAUGGCUGUGAAGACUAUUGUGAAGUAAAAGCUGUGACAGAAAGAUCUCCUCCACAACCUCCCUUGAGUCAAGCAGACGAAGAUGAAAUCACAUGGGGAAGUGAUGAACUGCCGAUUGAAUCAGUCAGCCAGGAACAUGUAAAUAAAGAUUUCCCUUUAGUGACAAAUGAAGAGAUCUCUGCACUCCCUACUGUGAGUGUGCUCCCUGGAGGCAAGUACUCAGGAGCCAAAUUGAAGUCGGUGAUCAGGAUGUUGCGUGGAUUGCUGGAACAGGGAGUCCCUUCUAAAGAGAUUGAAAACCUUCAGGAGUUAAAACCUUUGGAUCAGUGUUUGAUUGGACAAGCAAAGGAGAAUAGGAAAAAGAACAGAUAUAAAAACAUACUUCCUUAUGAUACCACUAGAGUACCUCUUGGGAUUGAAGGUGGAUACAUCAAUGCCAGCUUCAUUCGCAUGCCAGUGGGGAAUGAAGAGUUUGUUUACAUUGCAUGUCAAGGACCUCUCCCUACUACUGUAGCAGAUUUCUGGCAAAUGGUUUGGGAGCAGAACUGUACUGUGAUUGCCAUGAUGACUCAGGAGGUUGAAGGAGAAAAGAUAAAAUGCCAACGUUACUGGCCAGAUGUACUCAAUAAAACCACCAUGAUAAAUGAUAGACUACGGCUUGCUCUUGUAAGACUCCAGCAGCUGAAGGGCUUUAUCAUUAGAGUGCUGGAGCUGGAAGACAUUCAGACAGGUGAAGUACGGCACAUUUCCCAUCUGAACUUCAUUGCCUGGCCUGACCAUGACACCCCUUCUCAACCAGAUGACCUGCUUACUUUUAUCUCCUACAUGCGGCAUGUCCACAAAUCGGGACCUAUCAUAACUCACUGCAGUGCAGGCAUUGGACGAUCGGGGACCCUUAUUUGUAUAGAUGUUGUUCUAGGGUUAAUCAGCAAAGACCUUGAUUUUGACAUCUCAGACCUGGUGCGCACGAUGCGUCUGCAGAGACAUGGGAUGGUUCAGACAGAGGAUCAGUACAUUUUCUGCUAUCAAGUUGUCCUUUAUGUUCUGAAUCAUCUCCAACAUGAAGAACAACAGAGAGGCAAAUAA